AUGUCCAGAGUAGGAAAAAACCCAAUCACGGUGCCUAACGGCGUCGACGUAAAAGUCGCCGGUCGUGAAGUCACGGUAAAGGGACAGUUGGGCGAACUCAGCCGAAAUCUCCAUGACGGUAUCAACGUUGAGAUCGAAGAUUCUCAAAUCCUUGUGACCCGGUCCAACGAAACCCGAGACCAACGUGCGAAGCAUGGUCUGACACGCAGCUUAGUCAACAAUAUGGUGGUUGGCGUCAGCGAAGGCUUCACGAAGCGCCUGAUCAUGUACGGCACCGGAUAUCGUGCCGCGCAGAAAGGCAACGGCUUGGAACUGCUCGCCGGGUUUUCGCACCCGGUUGAAGUCGAGCCGAUCGGCAAGAACUCUUUGAGCGUCGACGGAAACACUACGAUCAUUGUCACCGGUCCAGACAAACAGGAAGUUGGCCAGCAAGCGGCGACGAUUCGCGCCGUCCGCAAACCGAGCCGAUUCCAGAGCAAGGCCGGGCGGGUUCCCCUCUUCGGGAUCACUUAUCAAGGCGAACAACUGCGGCUACGCGUGGGCAAGACCGUCGCGGGUGUCGGAGGUUAA